AGAGAAUAAAUCUGCUCCAGUCUAUGGGAGGAGAAGAUACAGGAUGAUGUGGUGCAGCCACAGCAGAAGGACUACUGCCAGGUGAAUGGUAUGGUCAGAGAGAGAGAGAUGUGGGUGUCUGGAACUGCACAGCACAGCAAUACUGUCUAUCUGAACAUCAAAUGGAAGUCUGCUGUAUGGUACAUCAAACCCUGCUUCAAUUCCUGGAUAAAGCUGGAUGGGCUGAGUCUAGGAGCACAGUGACUGGGAUCCUACUGUAUGCUAGACUACUAGAUAGGCUGAGUCUAGGAGCACAGUGACUGGGAUCCUACUAAAUCCUGCAGUGUGCUCUGUAGACAAACUCUGCUGAAUACAAUGGAAAUAGUCUGAGAACACAGUGACUGGGACACAGCUGUACUGGCUACUGAUUGCUUACUGGCUACUGACUGCUUACUGCUUCCUUUGGAUGCUCUGAGAACACAGUGACUGAGACACAGCUGUACUGUAGCCAUGCUGUGUGGUCUAAGGAGAGAUGUGAAGAACAGUUUUGAUGAUGGUCCUUACUCUAAAGGGAACAGGGACUCACAAGGGACAGACAAUUCCCUGUCCUCCAGGAGACAGAGUAUCCCAGAAGAUCUGCGGGGCGUGACGAUAGUAGAGCUGAUUAAGAAGGAAGGCAGCACCUUGGGCCUCACCAUCUCUGGAGGAACAGACAAGGAUGGAAAGCCCCGCGUCUCUAACCUACGACCAGGAGGACUGGCUGCCAGGAGUGAUCAGUUGAACGUGGGCGACUACAUCAAGUCGGUGAAUGGUAUCAACCUGACCAAGCUGAGACAUGAAGAGAUCAUCAGUCUGUUGAAGAACGUGGGAGAGCGAGUCGUGCUGGAAGUGGAGUACGAACUGCCCCCAUCAGCACCAGACAGUACCUCAGGUGUGAUUUCCAAGACAAUGGAGAUAUGUUUGCACAAAGAAGGGACCAGCUUCGGCUUCGUCAUGAGAGGGGGCUCACACGAAGACUGGAACAAAUCUCGCCCCCUAGUGGUAACAUACGUCAGACCAGGAGGUCCUGCAGACAGAGAGGGUAGUCUGAAGCCGGGGGAUCGUCUGAUGAGUGUAGACGGGGUACCCCUCCACAGUGCCAACCACAGGGAUGCCCUCGCCGUGCUCAACCAGUGUGGCCAGGAGGCCCUCUUCCAGAUCGAGUAUGACGUCUCUAUCAUGGAUUCUGUGACGAAUGUGUCUGGUCCCCUAUUGGUGGAGAUCGCCAAGUCACCGGGGGCGGCUCUGGGGAUCACCUUGACAACCGCCACCUACAGGAACAAACAGGUCAUCGUCAUCGACAAGAUCAAAGCAGCUAGUGUGGUGGACAGGUGUGGAGCUCUCCAUAUAGGGGACCACAUCCUGUCCAUCGAUGGGACCAGCACAGAGCACUGUUCAGUCCUAGAGGCCACACAGCUGCUAGCCAGCACCUCAGACCAGGCCAAGCUAGAGAUCCUCUCUGCCCACCACAGCAGACUGCCUAACAAACCACAGGACACUGUGAAAGUUCAGAAGAGUGACCACCCCCACUCGUGGGACCCCUGUGUGAACUACUGUCCCCCCCAGCACCCCUCCUCUUACUGUAAAACAAACACCUGGACCACCUCCUCCAACCCCUCCAGCACACAGGAAUACUGCAAAUCCCUAGUGUCUACCAACUUCUCUCCUGGUUCCACCACCACCACAUCGGGCCCUGGGUCGACCAGCCAGAUCUCCAGUACCCUUCCCCGUACAGCUGUCCCCAUGAGCCCACACAACUCCAUGAUGAAGAGACGACAGAGGAAAAAAGAGCAUAAGAGCUCAUCCGUGUCCCUGGCGUCCAGUAGUGUAGGUCCUGGUGGCCAGAUCGUCCACACAGAGAGCAGUGAGAUCAUCCUGAGAGGAGACCCCCUCAAUGGCUUUGGGGUCCAGCUACAGGGGGGAAUAUUCGCUACAGAGACCCUCUCUGCUUCCCCUCUCAUCCGCUUCAUAGAGCCAGACAGCUCUGCUGAGAGGUGCGGAUUGCUGCAGGUGGGAGACAGACUCCUGUCCAUCAACGGAAUCCCCACGGAGGACGGAACACUGGAGGAAGCAAAUCAGCUGCUCCGAGAUGCGGCUCUGACCAAUAAGGUCUCCCUGGAGGUGGAGUUUGACGUCGCAGAGUCUGUUGUUCCCAGUAGUGGAACAUUCCAUGUUAAACUACCUAAGAAGAGAGGGAUGGAGCUGGGCAUCACCAUCAGUGCCAGUAAGAAAUCUGGAGAGCCGUUAAUCAUCUCAGACAUUAAGAAAGGCAGCAUGGCUCACAGGACUGGUACCUUGGAGCCUGGGGACAAGCUCCUGGCCAUAGACAACAUCCGUCUGGAGAACUGUUCCAUGGAAGAUGCCUGUCAGAUCCUAGAACAGGCCGAGGACCUGGUUAAACUCAAGAUCCGUAAGGACGAAGACAACUCUGAUGAACAGGAGACGUCUGGUUUAAUCAUCUAUACGGUGGAGCUGAAGAGAUAUGGUGGCCCGCUGGGCAUCACCAUCUCAGGCACAGAGGAGCCCUUUGACCCCAUCGUUAUCUCUGGCCUCACCAAGCGGGGCCUGGCUGAAAGGACUGGAGCCAUCCAUGUGGGAGACCGUAUCCUGGCCAUCAACAGUGUCAGUCUAAAGGGAAAGCCGCUCAGCGAGGCCAUUCACCUACUACAGAUGGCCGGGGAGACGGUCACACUCAAGAUCAAGAAACAGGUCGACAUGGCAGACGAGGAGAAGAAGAAGGAUGGAGAGAUGGAGAAUGAUUUGAGUGACACGGAGGAUGUAUCAGACAUGACAGACUCUCAGAAGACCAACAAGCUGUCAGAGAUUUACUCUACCACCAUUCCCAGUGUGGACUCUGCCAUGGAGUCCUGGGACGGAUCCGGCAUCGACGCCGGCUAUGGCAGCCAAGGGCCCUACAACCACCAGGCAGCAGGCAUCGCCCUGCACCCCCAUGAGUGGAGGAGUGCCAAGCAGAGGACCAGCCCCCCACCCCCGGCCCGUCGUAUUAAGAACUACCCUUUCAGUGACGGGGGCUUCAGUGAAGACGACUGGGACAAACCUUCAGGAUACACCAGCCAGCCUCACAGUGACGCCAUCAUGCUCGACCACGAGGACAGUUUCUGGUGUCAGGCCCUGGAAGACCUGGAGACCUGUGGACAGUCUGAGCUCCUCAGAGAGAUAGAGGCAUCCAUUAUGACGGGCAGUGCCAUCAGUAUUGGGGUGGAUGGUAACAAGUCCCAUGCCCUCCCCCACCCUGGGGACCCCGUCUGCCAGCCCCGCAUCAGCCCUCUGCGGAGGAGCUCCCUCCUGCACCACGAUGCCAAGACCCACCUGCACCAGGAGGCCCACCUCCACCAAGGGGCCCACCUUUACCCGGAGGCCCAUCUGCACCCGGAGGCCCAACUCCUGCAUCACGAGGCCAGAACCCAGCUGCAUCACGAGGCCAGGGCAAAGAACACACUCCGGGUGUCUGAGAAGACCUGGGAGUCUCGCAGGAUCAAGGAAGAGAUGCAGGAGAUCCUCUCCCCUACCCCUCUGGAGCUACACAAGGUGACGGUGAUGAAGGAUCCAGAGAGCGAUGACUUCGGCUUCAGCGUCUCCGACGGGUUCCUGGAGAAAGGUGUUUAUGUCAACAUGAUCCGUCCGGAGGGCCCAGCAGACCGCGCAGGCCUGAAACCAUAUGACAGGAUCCUCCAGGUGAACCACGUGCGUACCAGAGACUUCGACUGCUGCCUGGCUGUGCCCCUGAUCACCGAGGCUGGGGACAAGCUGGAGCUGGUGAUCAGUAGGAACCCUCUGGCCCAGCAACUGCACCAUGAACAGGACUGUCUGGACCAGGACCAAGGACUUCUCAUCUCUGCACUGCAGUCCAACAGUAGGGAACAACAUCAUUAUACCACCACCACCACCCGAGCAAUGGACCUUUGAUUACAGACAGACAGCACAGACACACCAAGCCACAGACCUUUACCAUGGAACAGUCUGUGAACCUACAGACACACGCAGAACAAUGGACCUCUUUGGAGAUGUGAACUACAGACACAGCCACAGUCCAGUACCAUGGACACACCAAGCCACAGACUGAAAUGCUGAAUGAACUACAGACAGGAGCCACAAACCAGCGCAAUGGACCUGUGACUAAUGACACAGACCAGUACUAUAGACCUGUGACUAAUGACACAGACCGGUGACUAAUGACACAGACCAGUACUAUAGACCUGUGACUAAUGACACAGACCAGUACUACAGACCUGUGACUAAAGACACAGACCAGUACUACAGACCUGUGACUAAUGACACAGACCAGUACUACAGACCUGUGACUAAAGACACAGACCAGUACUACAGACCUGUGACUAAUGACACAGACCGGUGACUAAUGACACAGACCAGUACUAUAGACCUGUGACUAAUGACACAGACCAGUACUAUAGACCUGUGACUACAGGCUCAGAGAAACAGGCUCAGUGAAACAGGCUCAGUGAAACAGGCUCAGUGAAACAGACUCAGAGAAACAGGCUCAGAGAAACAGGCUCAGAGAAACAGGCUCAGAGAAACAGGCUCAGUGAAACAGGCUCAGAGCAACAGGCUCAGAGAAACAGGCUCAGUGAAACAGGCUCAGAGAAACAGGCUCAGUGAAACAGGCUCAGAGCCAAAGACACUGUUCGUGGCCACUGGACUCAAUAACAAAAUGAAAUCCUUACAGAUUCCCAGAACUCUCAAACACUGAGAAGUGUCUUCAGCCCCACCUACCAUGGUAAAAAAAAAAAAGAAGACUUUUUUACAGAUGCAUUUUUCCCAAAAGUCUUGUGUUUCAUGUGUUGCCAUUCUGCCAGUGUCAACCUCUUACAAAAAUAGAAGAAGCAAUUUACCAAAACAUUAAGAACACCUUACUAAUAUCGAGUUUCACUCCCCCCAUUUUUGCCCUAAGAACAGACUCAAUUUGUCAGGGCAUGGACAGUACAAGGUGUCGAAAGCGUUCCACAGGGAUGCUGGCCCAUGUUGACUCCAAUAGUUUAAAAAAAAAAAUGUAACCUUUAUUUAACUAGGCAAGUCAGUUAAGAACAAAUUUUGAUUUACAAUGACGCGCUACUCCGGCAGACGCUGGGCCACUUGCACGCAGCCCUAUGGGACUCCCAAUCACGGCCGGAUGUGAUAUAGCCUGGAAUCGAACCAGGGACUGUAGUGACGCCUCUUGUACUCUGCGCCACUCGGGAGCCUAUAUGCUUCCCACUGUUGUGUCAGGUUGGCUGAAUGUUUUUUGGGUGGUGGACCAUUCUUGAUACACACAAUAAACUGUUGAGCAUGAAAAACCCAGCAGCAUUGCAGUUCUUGACACAAAUGAGUGUGCCUGGUACCUAACACCAUACCCCGUUCAAAUUAACUUAAAUCUGUUGUCUUGCCCAUUCACCCUCUGAAUGGCACACAUACACAAUCCAUGUCUCAAUUGUCUCAAGGCUUAAAAAUCCUUCUUUAUCCUGUCUCCUCACCUUCAUCUACACUGAUUGAAGUGGAUUUAACAGGUGACAUCAAUAAGGGAUCAUAGCUUUCACCUGGAUUCACCUGGUCAGUCUAUGUCAUGGAAAGAGCAGGUGUUCCUAAAGUGUUGUCCACUCAGUGUAGCCUGAAAUUUUUUUCAUUUUGUAUGACUCAUCGAAAAGCAGAAGCCAUUUGGCCUGGAAUAGCAACCACACAUACAUAUGGAAACACACACACAGACACAUACACACAAACAGACACACACACACGCACACACACA